AUGAAUAGCGUAGCGACGCACAACUCCCCACGAACAUGGUUCCUGACGUCUUCGCUCACCCCGCUCGCCGUGCGCCUGAUACGACAAUUGCUCACCCACGGUGACUACGUCGUCGCCUGCCUGCCGCCGCAGGAGAUCGACCAUGACGACCGCAGCGCCGAGUUCCGCGAGCUUGUAAACGAGUGCAAGAGCAAUCGCAAGGACCGUGAGGGGUGGAAGGAUCGCAUACGCGCCAUACGCUGCGAUGGCCGCAUAAUGAGCCAAUGCGGUGCUGCCGUGGCAGAGGCCAAGCAUGCAUUUGGCCGCAUAGACAUCCUGCUGUGCUGUACAUCUGAAGCCAUUGUCGGGACAGUCGAGGAGCUAUCUACAUCCCCCGCAACGCAGAACCUGGUGCGCGACCAGUUCGAGACCAUAUUCUUCUCCCAGGUGAACUUCAUCAAGGCCUCGCUUCCGACGCUACGCGCCCAACAUACCGGUCACAUUCUGCUCCUUUCGAGCAUUGGGGGUCACAUAGGCACUCCCGGAAUGCCGAUAUAUACGGCUGCGACCUGGGCUCUGGAGGGCUUCUGUGAUUCGCUGGCGUACGAGGUCGCUCCGUUCAACGUCAAGGUGACGAUUGUGCAGCCUCACAAGGAGAUCCAGUCCCUUACGAACAAGAUUGUCUUCUCACCGCCACUGCCGCAUUACGAUAGCGAGAACAACCCAGCGCCGAGCGUCCGGGAUAUGCUCACCAAUGUACUCAACCUGAACCCAGAGACGGCCAUUGACUCCGCGGAGACGGAAAUCCUGCAAAGAUACCCCAAGCUUCCACCGGCGUCAGUGGACCGGCUGGUUGCCGAGACAGUCCAUGCCUUGACGGCGAUUGGCGGUCACGAAAACCCUCCUGCGCGCCAUAUUGUGGGCUUUGAGGGAGCAGAGGCCGUGAAAGAGAAGUUGAAGACAGUCACUGAAGAGCUGGAAGACUUUGUUGAGGCGAGUGUAGCUGUCGACAUCUUCGAGAGCGAACUGAAGAAUGAGGCAAGACAAGGCAAGGCGAGGAUGGACGAGACAGGUGGCCCGUCAAGCGCCUCUGGCUCCUGA